AUCCAUAAAAAUAAGGAUAAUUACUGAAUAUUAGGACUUUUCCACGUAUGAAUAUUAAUUUUCAAUUCAUUAAUAAGUGAUACUAUGAUCUAUUUCUAUUCUGGGAUCCAUUACGAGUGAUAUUUCAUGGUAGAAACUUUGACAAUGGCUCCUCCUAAAUCCAAGGCGGCAGCCAAGGCUCCCGCGGCGCCCGUCGGCGGAGUCCAAAAGGCCGCGCUCGGCAAACCUAGAAAUUAUGACUUAGGCAAUGGUGUCGUCAGAUUCUCAAAAACCAAAAUGUUCCACAAGAAGGCCAAGUACAAGUUCAUAGGCAAGAAGCACCCCAAGGCACCCGCAGACAAGAAGCCCACGGUGGUGGUGAAGCCCAUCGGAGGAGAGAAGAACGGAGGCACCCGCACCGUGCUGCUGGCGCGCCGCCGCUCCUUCUACCCCACACAGGACAAGAUCCGCAAGGUGGCGCACCACAAGACGUUCAGCAAGCACGUGCGGCGCACGCGCGCCAGCCUCACGCCGGGCACCGUGUGCAUCCUGCUGGCGGGGCGCCACGCCGGCAAGCGCGUCGUGCUGCUGGCCGUGCUGCCCAGCGGCCUGCUGCUCGUCACCGGCCCCUUCGCGUACAACUCGUGCCCGCUGCGGCGCGUCCCGCAGCGCUACGUGAUCGGCACCAGCACGCGCGUGGAGCUGGGCGCCUUCGCGCUGCCGCCGCACCUCGACGACAACUACUUCAAGAAGAACAAGCGCUCCGCCAAGCGCAGCGUCAAGCGCAAGGAGGGCGAGGACAUCUUCGCCACCAAGAAAGAGAAGUACGUCCCGUCGGAGCAGCGCAAGGCGGACCAGAAGCUGGUGGACGAGCAGGUGGUGAAGGCCAUCCGCGCGCGGCCCGACCGCAAGGCGCUGCGCGGCUAUCUGCGCGCCGCCUUCGGCCUGCGCUCCAGCCAGUUCCCGCAUCGCCUGCGCUUCUAGACACCCAAUAUACUGACUAAUACCACCAG